AGUCGCUUUUCUUCUGAGAACACUCCCUGCUACCGCUGUCCGACGUCACCGGCUAGGAGUGGAUGUCUCUGUUAUAAAAACAUGGAGAAUUGAGGACAGGGGAAGGCUGAACGAAAAACGUAUUUUUUUCAAACUUUAUUAUAGGCAAACGUAUAGCAGAAUAAUUUAAAUUUCCCUGUUUUUGAAAGCACACGGAUGACGCGUUUUUCCGUUUUGGGAAGUAGGCUAACAUGAGAUUGGUGCGUUUUUUCUUGUGUUUUUCUUUCGUCGGAGGGAAAUAACAGUAUUCCUGCCUAGCGGAUUGGAGUGUAAAUCCGCCAUAUUCGGCUUUACCACGCCCGGGAGUCGUUUAUUCAUGUAUUUUCUGAUCGAAUGGAUUAUGGGACUAUUAGGAUACGAAGACAUGCUUUAAAAAAAUAUGUGAAGAGGAUGACUGGGCAAGAAUGAGAAUGCUUAUCACAUAGAACAUUACGUAUGAUUGUUUUAAACGGUUCUGAUGAUCAUAUUUAGGAGGAAAAUCAGACUACCCAAUUAGAAUUUCUGACAUUUAGUUAACUCCCCGAGCAACUGUUUGCUGACUGACAGUCCGUCAGAAAGCGAAACGAAACGGGGGAGGGGGGGCAACAAUUUCUCAAAUAGCCUAUACGUUUUCCUCUCUCCCCAGGCUAUGCCACAUUAUAACACGUCCAUGUUUUUUUUGCAGCUGUAAUGGCGUGAUUUGAUAUCCGUUAAUUGUUAUCAUUUAUCGCAACUGGAAUCUGCGUAGUGCAUAAAGAAGAAGGAAAGGUGAUUUUAAAAGAAUGACCCUAGACGCCAUAAUGGCGUGUUGCCUAAGCGAGGAGGCGAAAGAAUCCAGGCGGAUCAACGACGAGAUCGAAAGACAGCUCCGCCGGGAUAAGAGGGAUGCUCGCCGGGAAUUGAAGCUGUUGCUUCUCGGUACUGGAGAGAGUGGGAAGAGCACCUUCAUUAAACAGAUGAGAAUCAUCCAUGGUGCCGGCUACUCAGACGAGGACAAGCGAUGCUUCACCAAGCUGGUGUACCAGAACAUCUUCACUGCCAUGCAGUCCAUGAUCCGCGCCACAGAGACCCUAAGGAUCCCUUACAAAUAUGAGCACAACAAGAGCAACGCUAACGUGGUCCGAGAGGUGGAUGUGGAGAAAGUCAGCACGUUGGCAAACCCAUACAUAGACGCCAUCAAGUGUUUAUGGAACGAUCCAGGCAUCCAGGAAGCUUACGAUAGGAGACGGGAGUACCAGCUGUCGGACUCUACCAAAUAUUACAUGAAUGCGCUGGACCGGAUCUCAGAGGCCUCUUACCUUCCCACUCAGCAGGAUGUGCUGAGAGUUAGGGUCCCCACUACGGGCAUCAUCGAGUACCCCUUUGAUCUCCAGAGUGUCAUCUUCAGGAUGGUGGACGUGGGGGGUCAGAGGUCAGAGAGGAGGAAGUGGAUCCACUGCUUUGAGAACGUCACAUCCAUCAUGUUUCUGGUGGCACUAAGCGAGUAUGACCAGGUGCUCGUAGAAUCUGAUAAUGAGAACCGAAUGGAGGAGAGUAAAGCCUUGUUCAGGACCAUCAUCACAUAUCCCUGGUUCCAGAACUCUUCCGUUAUCCUCUUCCUCAACAAGAAAGACCUCUUGGAGGAGAAGAUCAUGUACUCCCACCUGGUCGACUACUUCCCAGAGUUUGACGGUCCCCAGAGAGAUGCCCAGGCUGGCCGCGAGUUCAUCCUGAAGAUGUUUGUGGACCUGAACCCAGACAGCGACAAGAUCAUCUACUCCCACUUCACCUGCGCCACAGACACGGAGAACAUCCGCUUUGUGUUCGCCGCCGUCAAAGACACCAUCCUGCAGCUCAACCUGAAGGAGUACAACCUGGUGUGAAACCAUAGAGUUCGAAUAUUAGAAGGAACUUCAGCAUGAGCACAGCAAGGCUGGGGCCCAGAGACCCUUCUCCAACUUAUUCACUGUCAAAUCUGUGAAGAAAAAAAAUAAUGGUUGCAUAAUAUUAAUUUAUUGCCAUUGGUGACCCUUUUAUUUUUUUCUAUUUAAAAGAGAACAUGAUUGAAGGGUUUAGGGCGUUUGAAGGUCAAUGUUGGAUAUGUAAAGCACAGUUCCUCCAAUUAUUCUAAUUGUUUUUAGCGUUAUUUUUUUUAAAGACACUCAAUGUGGCUGCUGGGUUCUGUCCAAUGCCUCUGAACUUGAUUCCAAGGUGCUCCCACCAUUUAGUUUUUGAUUCGAUCUAGUCGGUCCAUUCCAGUGCCAGUCUGUGGCGUCCACUCUCCUGCUUGUCAACUAAGACCUCUGGAGUUCUAAUUCAUGAAUGAACACAUUUUUUCCCCCUGAAAGGGUGAGAAGUGUUGACACUGA